GGCAGAACCAAAGCUCUUAGAGCGGAUCUUUGGGCAGAACAGAACGAGGCAGGCGGCCUGCUACACGGACAUGGCCGCGGAGCCAGCGAGGCAGUGGAGCGACGAGCAGCUGCGGGGCGAGGAGGUGGCCAAGAAGGACAUCAUCCAGUUUCUGCAGGAGAACGCCUCGGAGACGUUUCUCGGUGAACAUAAGUUAAUGGGAAAUAUCAAGAAUGUUGCAAAGACUGCAAAAAAGGAAAAGCUAAUAACUGCCUACAGUCAACUUUAUGAAACUAAGAGAUUUAAAGGCACAGAAUGUGCAGAGAAUGUCACCCAGCAGUUUAAAGAAGUGAAGUUGGAGGCUGCACAGGACAAAGUGAAGGAGAAAAAAGCUGAAGUGACUGUAAAUGAGGAACCACCAAAAUAUACCAAAACCAUGGUACAAAAAGGUGACAAAAUCAACUUUCCCAAGAAGGGUGACACUGUUCACUGUUGGUAUACUGGAACGUUAGAAGACGGGACUGUGUUUGACUCAAACGUUGCUUCCGGUUCAAAAAAGAAAAAGGCAGCAAAGCCUUUGAGCUUUAAAGUAGGAGUUGGAAAAGUUAUCCGAGGGUGGGAUGAAGCACUCCUGACCAUGAGUAAAGGAGAAAAAGCCCGCCUACAUAUUGAAUCUGAUUGGGGAUACGGUAAGAAAGGGCACCCAGAAGCCAAAAUUCCACCAAAUGCUAAACUCAUUUUUGAAGUUGAGCUCGCGGAUAUUGAUUAACCAACUACAACAUCAAGUUCGUGCUUUAAAUCCGUCCCAAUAUUGCUCAAAAAAGAUCUCCAUAAAACAAGAUAAUUGAAUGUUUAUCUUGUGGACAAAAUUGUGAAUUUGUACAAAGCCUUACUGAAAAUGAUUUCAUAACCAUGCUAUUGACGAAAGAUAAUUGGUAAUCUUUUUGAUUUGCUAAAUUCUUGUAUUGCAGAUCAUAGUGAUGCUUGAGCCAAAAUAAAAAUUGUCAAAACAAAUCUGUUUUGGAACCACUGCA